AUGGAUUCAACUUCAAAAUACGGCUGGUCCGGCCCUAGGGCCGCGGACACCAAGGGAUCUGUUCGCCGGGCAAGGGAAAUGCUAGAAGUUGGUAGACGCCCUAAAGUCCGAGCCCCUCAGGACAAUUCAACAGUGCCACCUCAACCUAGACCGCGUGUCGUCCCUCAACCAAACGCAUGGCCUUUGCUGGGUGAGAAUGAAAGCAAGCGGGCCAAUAUGGCUGAUCCGCAGGGCCGUUUGUCUAGUAUGGUUGAUUCACAAGGAAGGCUUUUCGUGUCCAGAGGAACUCCACCUCCACGCCCAGUUCGACCUGAUCUCCCAUCCCCUUCAGUGUAUUCGGAGAGGAGCGUUUCAGAAGUCGCUCCUAGCCCUUUACACCCGCAACAACGCCGUACGCCUUCAUUUUCUCAGCCAUUUGUCAGUCAACAAAACAUCCACCCUGCACUACGAGAAUCCGUACCUGUUACAAACGAAGACAUGUCUAGGAAGUCUGCUACAUCAUCCACGGGUUCUAUUCCAUUUAUAACGGACUUCCCCCCGCCGCUUCCUCCGCAGAACAAAACGAGCCAUCUCGCCCCACCGAAUCCGAUGCGUUCAGGAAUGGAUCGCAGGUCCUCCGUCUCACCAAUACCCGAAGAGUUGCCCGAUAGCCCAACCAUACUGAACAAGCCGUAUGGGCCUAAAAGAGUCACGGCAUCCAGUUGGAAUUCCGAACAGCGGGAAUCAGAUAUCUUGGGAGCAUACAUGGAUGGCGAUUCCGAUAGUGCACAGGGCUCACCUGAACAUGGCGAAGUGACUUUAGUUCGACAAGCUAGCCUCGGGAAACGAGGCAAGCCAUCCUUGCGCACAAUCAGUAAACCGAACCUUGAGGCUCCUCAGCUAGCUGGAAGGAAUAACCAAACUGGAACACAGCCAGAACAGACAAAUUAUGCCAACCUGAAAGAAAUUGUAGUUGGCUUGGAUACGCGCGACUCUUUUGGUUCAGAUGCAUCUAAGGAGUCGGGUAUUGAUCCAGAAAAACCACCAAUCGUGAUGGGAGAGGAUAUGAGUACACCCCAUUCGUAUGAUGGCAACAUGAGAUCUCUUGGAACCGGGCCGUUGCCUCAAAGGGCUCCAACAUUGAGUGAGAUGAGGCCAGGAGCGCGCCGACCGCCUCGCUUGAAUAUGAGCGCAGUUAGGGAUGCCGAAGCUCGUGGUAGUCUGACGAGUCUGUCUGAUUUGAUAAAGCGUGCAACGAGACUCGCAACCAAUCUCGAACAUGGACGGACAGCAAGCAGAAAUGACCUUUUGAAUGUUGGGGGAGGCUCUAGAAAUCCAUUCGGUGAUCCGAAUCGUCGGUCAGGCUCUAUAAAGGAUAUCUUAGCCUCAUUUCCAAAUCCCGCUGCCACACCAGAAGGUCACCGCUCAUCUUGGCCGAUUUUCUGGAGGAGAUCCACACUUCACCAACUAAGCUCUCAGGAGCGGGGACAAGAACCGAACCGCGACCAGGAGAAAGGAAGCCCUCAGCAGCGGCGUCGGUGUUGCGGAAUGCCUCUGUGGGCUUUCAUUACUCUCUGCAUUAUUCUUCUCAUUAUUAUUGCGGCCGCCGUUUUGAUACCUAUCUUCCUAGUUGUGGUUCCACGACAUAACCAAAGUAGUGAUAGCUGUGAGAAGACUGCACCGUGCUCGAAUGGCGGUGUCAGCGUGUCAAGCGGCGAUACCUGUUCCUGUGUUUGCGUCAAUGGAUAUACGGGCUCUGGCUGUACGACUGCUGGGGAUGCAAGCUGUGUCACUACCGGAAUCACUCAGAACUCGACGUCGAGGAAUGCCACCGUUGGGGAUGAUGUUCCACGGCUCUUCCAAGUCUCGAAAGACAAUUUCAGUAUCCCACUAGAUCCUGUCACCAUUGUGGCUCUCUUCAGCCAGAACAAUGUUUCUUGCACAACAGAGAAUGCGCUUGUGUCAUUUACAGGGCUAUCAUCAACUGACAACACACGCCGUUCCAUUUCUUCUGAUCCAGUUAACAGGGAUCCAAUGUCACAAGGCAAUGAAGACCCCGAGGCCUCUACUGUCUCGGACGUUCCGACUGCGACGAUUCCCGUUCGAAGAGAGGUUGCAACGAAGCAUGGCAUUGUCUUUGAGGACAGUCAUUCUGAGGAUGACGGUGAUGUUGAUAUAAGUCCUAAAAUGACGGAGCCUACCCCUACUACAACAACCAAGACAACGCCGACUUCGACAACACCCACAUUCUCUACCGAGGUCCUCGAUUUCUCUCGGGUCGCUGUUCUGUACAUCUUCCAGAAAACUGGCACCCUCGAUGCCGCAAUGUCAUCUGCGGAGUCUCUCCAGACACAUCUGGAACAUUCCUCUUCAAAUUCGACCGGCGGGAGCUUCAUGCUUGAUCUCGAAUCUUCAGGUGUAAAGGGCAACAUUACUCUGAACUUUGACGACUUCACCAUCACAGACUUCGAUGGCGAUACUGUUGGUGGCGACUAA